CUCCCCAUGCGGUGUGAGUCAACAGGAAAUGUGAGUGUUGCACAUAUAAAGGACCUCUCGUGGCUACUCACUCUUCGUUACAGAAACGACUACUUGAAGCUGACAAAACCUACUGUAUGGUGGUCAGACGGGAACACAGCGACUUACUACCGAGUCACAGACUGCUGCAGUGUAAACGAGCUAUAAAUCACAAAACAGAGAGUAAAAGGUAAAAUGAACUAUUUUUCACUAUCCAUUUAUUUGAUCAUUAGUGACAUAGGCCUACCAUUUCGUCUUACGCGUAAAUCUUAAUGUCAUUUUUUGUUAUUUAAAUUGUAUUUACAUUGUAUUUACGUUUUGUUAAUUUCCUGCAGUGUUGUAAUCCAGCUCAUCAUGGUGGACCUGCUGGCUUUCACGCAAGAGAACAGAGAGCGGAUCCAGGCAGUGGAGAACUCCUUUGGCCCCUCUGGGAAGCCCCUGUUCAGACCUGGCCGGAUCUUGAUAGGCGAGGGGCGGCUGAUGAAGCUGUGUCGACGCCGCCCCCAGCCCAAAGUAUUUUACUUGUUUAAUGACAUCCUGGUGUACGGUAGUAUCAUCCUUCAUGGACGCUGGCACAAGAACCAGCAGGUAAUCUCCUUGGAGGAUAUCCAGCUAGAGGACCUGGAGGACGGGGUCAGCAUGGAGAACCAGUGGCUGAUCCGCACCCCACGGAAGUCCUUCUAUGUGGCAGCUGCCUCUGCUGAGGAGAAGCGUGCCUGGAUGGAGCACAUCGAGGACUGCAGGUCCAAGCAGCUGCAGCAUGCCGGCUGCCAGCCCGGGUGCACCUUCGCCACCACAUGGAUCCCUGACCGGGCGUCCGCCAUCUGCAUGCGCUGCACUAAAACGUUUCGGGUCAACAAACGUCGCCACCACUGUCGUCGCUGCGGCUUCGUCGUCUGCAACGCCUGCUCCAAGAACCGGGCCGUGAUCCGCCACAUCUCUACUAAGCCUGUGAGGGUGUGUCGACUGUGCCACCUCAGUCUCCAGGACCAGGGGGAGCAGACCCUGGCCCAGGAUGAGGUGCGUCUACGGGGGGACAGUGAUGGGAGGGACUGCUCUGAUGAAUACAACCUGCUCAUGCCUGAGUGCAAGGCGCCCAGUGAUGAUGAGGCAGAUGAGCAGGUAGAGGACUAUGCACCAAACCAGUGGGUUGUGUCUCAGAUAAACUCUUGGUCCCCAUAUGUCUAUUUAAAACCAGACCAUCAAAGUCCCAAUUUCACUGGAUUGUCAAGUCACUUGACUUGACUUUUGGGAAAUGUGAGAGGACACUGAAAAGUAUUUACUGAAUGAGUAUGUGGCUGAAAGAGUGCCACAUUUGUUUUGUUAGUUUUGUUUUAGUCAUUUAGCAGAU